GUUUAAUCUAGACUUACCACAGAUGGAGAUUGAUUAGAUGCACAUUAUUUGUGAAGCAACAGGUAAAGCUCAAGGAAGAAUAUGCAGGCUAUGGCUUCAACGCUCAGAUGACAUCAUACUAAAAUUCUAAGCACGAGCCACAGAGUCCUGGAGAUAAAUCCAAGCCACCCAUUCACCAAGGAGCCAGUCAAACAACGGACUAUACACCGUCAUCAAAGUAGAUACGCCACAAUCUAUUAUGCAGGGAUAGAAAAAAAUCAACAUACCUAUCAUUUCUUGGGAUACAAUGAUUGUCAUGUAACACUUUUGGGAUAUACACCAUGUAAAACAAGAACAAGAACAAUAAUUUAUUAAAAUUCUGUUGCUGCACUGUUACAGUCUGUCAGUUCAAUUAAGAUGGACUACAUUCCACCAAAUACGAAAUAAUGAGUUCAAACUGACUUGAAAUACCAGGACCUAAUUCAAGACAGGGUAAACAACUAGGACAAAUGAAUUGCUUAAACAUGUCACUUAGGAUUUAGGAUUAGAAGAAAUUUAAAAAAAUAGCAGAACAACAUGACGACUGCUACACAGACGGAAAGUAUUGUGAAUUUUCAAAAUCUUCUCCUUUCUGUGGAAAAGCCCAGGAUGUAUUCACUGCCUAAACACAUCGACAGCGACAUCACAAACCUAACGUCAGAGUACAUCAAUGGGAAGUAUGCUAAUAAAAUAUCCAAGCGGGAUAAAAAUGAUCUCAUAUCCUGGAUUGGGGCAAAAAUUCAGAUGGAACGCCAAGGUGGCAAAGAUAAAGUGGAAACUGCCAUGAGAGAAAUAGAACGGCAACGACGCAUGGUUUUGGAACUCGAUGCGAAAAUCCAGGUACUGAACGAAAAAUUGAUGGCAGUUAUGCCAGAUAAUUUACGUGUGUAUAAUAGAGGUAAUCAAGAGGAUGAUAUCGGUUUUAGUCAAAUUGAACUUCUAGAGCGAAACGUUGGGAUAGUUUCGGAAAAAGUCGAAUCGUACAUAGAGGAGAGAACAAGGUGCAUGGAGACACUAAACGUGGCUGAGGGAGGACAAAAAUCUCUAGACUGGUUGCUACGGCAACAGUGGCAAGACCUCUCAAGGCAACAAGAAUCGGUGAAAGAGACGGAGGAAAAGUUUCACCGCGAAUUGAGCCUGCUUAAAAAUCAAAUUGAUGACUUCAAAAAGUAUCAACAGCAUAAGGAACAGAGGGAACGUAACCACCAUCACCAUCAACAACAUCAACAACCCAAAGACAGCAGCAAUGUUCCACAUCAAUAUCAGCUGUGUAAGGAAAAUCAAAGAGUAGUGACAAUACACAUACAACAUGGUGCAGCCACCCAUGAAAACAACAUGAAGGUGGCGCCACAGUCAAAUCAAAAUGACCCCAAAACUGGCGAGAGAAGAAUUCCGUCCCUCACUCAGAGAGGGAGUAGUAAGGACAGCAUGCAGAGUCUGAAACGGCAUGAUAGUAAGGAAAGUUUACACAGACGGGAGAAUAGUAAACAUAGCUUGAAACACCAAGACAGUAAGGACAGUUUACACAGGAGAGAACACAGUGUGGUGCACCAGGACAGCAAGGGUAGUUUGUCUAAGACUGACAAAACUGCUCAAUCGAAAACAGCCCAGGCUGAUGUGGACAGAAAUAAUAACUCUCGCCAAGGCAGUCCUCAAAAGUCGUCUCAGGUGCACGUUAAUAAAGUUGUCUUUACAAAACCAGUCAAGGUGAAGGACGUGCAUCACCACGCCCCCGCGCGGGGAUUGAGUAAACUUCCUCCCGUGAUGGAGAAACAGAACGAAGCUAUCAAACAAGCACACGCCGCACGACAAGGCACAGGCCCCAAAGCACAUGGAGCCGUACUCCAGUGUCUGCGAUGUCACAGACUUUAUACACUCAAAGACAAUCACAAGAUGGCAUGUCAUUUUCAUCCUCGCGGAAAAUUAAAGAUUGAGCGUUAUGACAGCGAGGGGAGGCUGGAAAGAGUGGAGUAUGUUUGGGAGUGCUGUAAACAGAGGGGGGAUGCGGCACCAUGUUGCCAUGGUGAACAUGUAUAAACAUUCCACAUUGCCAUGGUGAGCAUACCAAGAGAGUACAUGUUGUCAUGGAGAACAUAUUUACACAUUACAUGUUGAAUUCAUUUUCUCAUUAAUUUUGUCUUUUACCAUUUACUUCCAAUUUUUUUUUUUUUUUUUUGGUUUUUAUAAAAGCUGAUGCCUACAGACUUACAAAUUAUAUAAAAUGGCUUAGAGGGGCCAACACUGCACCUUGCCAGCAUACAAUGCUUUAACAAGUGUAAACAGUUCCCACUGUUUUUUAGAUGCAAUAUUCAUUUUUAUUUAUAGUUUACAGCUAAUGACUUUCAUUCAUUCAUAAUUGUUAAAGGCUGGCUAACAUCUGUCAACUUUACCUGCAGACUUUUCUUUUUUCAUUUCCAUUUUUUAAAUAAAUUUUGUCACUAUGGCCAACAAUUGUAAUUCUUGAAAACUUUUUUUAUUUAUCAUGGCUUAUUAUGGAGACUGGUGCAAAUAAAAAAUGACAGCAGCCUAAUACCAUGACAAGGUUAUGUUACUUGCUUUGCCGCACAAUGCAAAUGAUUUCAAAAUUCCAUUUUUUCCCCACUUUUUUAAGGUUGCUUUUUCUUCACUGUGCCACUCAAUUUUUAUUUCUAAUUUAAAUAAAAUCAAAUAAAAUCAUUCAAAACAAGUUUAUAAUUAAUUAACAUUAUGUGCAAAUCUCAUAAAACCAAUCAAAAAAUAAUAAUUUCAAUUUGAUGGCAUCCCAUUUCAUAAUGAUAUAUUAAUUUAAUGUUAAUAUUUCCUAAACGUAAAGUAUAAAUGGCAUUUUUGCUUGAUAUAAAUAAAUAUGCUUAUUAUUUAAAUUCUGUAAUGCACAAAUUAUGUUCUACAUAUUGAAUGUCAAGAAAAUAAAAACUAUAUUUUUCACAUGCUG